AUGAAGUCACUCGUCGUUGCUAUAACUAUUCUCUUCUUUGUAGCUUUGACUUCUUCAAUAAAUCUUUCUCCUGAAGCUCUCAAUACCAUCGCUCUUGCCUCUGGCUCUAAUACCAUAUUUGCUGUCAACCAAUUUGCUGAUCUCACUGCCCAAGAGUUCCAUCAGAUCUACUUGAUGAACAAUGUCCCAACCUCUAUCCCAGAUAAUGCCCCAGUGUCUACUCUCUCCUCUGACCAUAUCCUUUCUCACCUUUCACCGGGAAUUGAUUGGAGAACCAUGGGUGCUGUCGCCUCAGUCAAAACCCAAGGUCAGUGUAGUUCUAGUUGGGCAUUCUCUGCCAUAGGAAACAUCGAAGGAUCAUCGACAGCGGUGGUAUUACUAAUGAACGAGAUUACCUUACAAGGCUAUAGCUGGCAAAAAGAGUUCAACGCAUCCCAACCUGGAGUCAAAAUUUCCGGCUGGGUAAUGCUUGGCACCAACGAAACCGAAAUAGCUGCCUCCGUGGAUGUACAUACAAAAGUGGGAGAGAAAGGUAUCAUGAAGAUCGCCCGUGGUGUUGGCAAAUGUGGUUUAAACCAAUUAGUCUCUACAUCUUAUGUGGUUUCAUAG